AAGGUGACAGCGGUUGCAGCGGUGAGCGAGCGCUGCCCCGUGUCACCCGCUGCCGGCACAGCCCGGCUCCGUUCCGCACCGCCGGCGGAAUCUCACCCAGCCAGGGAAGGCUCCCGGCCCCCACUUCGCCGCUUUCCGCAGAGAAUCGCCCGGCACAUCCCCGAGACCCAGCCCGGCCGCCGCCGCCGCGCCAUGGCGAUCGCAAGGCAAGUGCUUUGUCUCUCUGCUUUCCUGUCGCUGCCGCUCGCUCGCGCCGAGCCCAUCCGCUACUCCGUAGCCGAGGAGGCGGAAAGCGGCUCCCUGGUGGGCAAGCUGGCGGAGGACGCGGGGCUGACGCCGCCGCAGCUCUCGGCUCGCCGCGCCCGCCUGCUCUCGGAGGACGGCCGCCAGCAUUUGCGCUUAGAGCCCGGCUCCGGCCGCCUCCUCGUGGCGGGGAGGCUGGACCGGGAGCAGCUGUGCGCCCACUCCGACACCUGCAUGCUCCCCUUCGAGCUGCUGCUCUCCGACCCCCUGCAGUUCUUUCGGGUCGAAGUGACUGUGGAUGAUAUCAAUGAUCAUUCACCCGUUUUUCCUAAAGAUCGAGUCACUUUUAAGAUUCUGGAAAGGAGCGACCUGGGUUCAGUUUUUCCGCUGGAGGUGGCUCGGGAUCGAGAUAUUGGUAGCAAUAACAUCCAGGCUUACAGCAUCUCUCCCAAUACCGAGUACUUUAGUGUCUCCUAUGGCAGUAGGAGUGAGGAUGACAAAUAUCUUGAUCUCGUCUUGGAAAAGGCACUAGACAGAGAGGAGCAGGCAGAGAUGAGUUUUAAUAUUAUUGCUGAAGAUGGGGGUUUUCCUCCCAGAAGUGGCACCACACAAGUGAAAAUUAUCGUUCUAGAUGUAAAUGACAAUGCUCCAACUUUCGCACAACAGGUGUACAUUGCAAAGGUCCAGGAGAACAUGCCAGAAGGCACUGUUGUUUUGACUGUGUUGGCAACUGAUAAGGAUGCAGGAGUUAAUGGGGACCUUUCCUAUGAACUCAGUGAAGCAGAGGGACAGAAUGACCCGUCAUUUCUGAUUGAUCCCAAAACUGGUGAAAUUAAACUCACGAAACCUCUGGACUUUGAGGAAGCACAAACUCACGAGCUCACUGUGAGGGCUACAGAUGGUGGGGGGCUCUCAGCAAUCUGCAAAGUGUUGGUGGAGGUGGGGGAUGUGAAUGACAAUGCCCCAGAGCUGGCAGUAAGCUCCUUCAGCAGUCCCCUCCCCGAGAACACAGCGUCCGGCACCGUGGUUGCCCUGUUCACGGUCAGGGACCGCGAUUCUGGUGCCAACGGCAAGAUCUCCUGUGCCCUCGACGAUCAGCUCUUCUUCUCCCUGCGGCCAGCCUACAAGAAUUACUAUGAGCUGGUGACAGUGAGCGCGCUGGACCGCGAGCACACGGCUCAGUACGUGCUCAGGGUCACAGCAGCAGACGCGGGCUCCCCUCCUCUCACAAGCACGCACACCUUCACCGUGGACAUCUCGGACGUCAAUGACAACGCCCCCGUCUUCAACCAGACCUCGUACACCAUGUAUGUGCGGGAGAACAACGUGCCCUCGGUGUUGGUGGGGGCCGUGAGCGCUGCAGAUGCUGACGAGGGGCUCAAUGCCAAGGUGACCUAUUCGCUGGCGCCAGGGCCAGCGGCAGAGCGGCCCUCGUGCUCCUGCAUCUCGGUGAACUCGGAGAACGGGCACGUGUUUGUGCUGCGGCCCCUGGACUACGAGCGCCUGAAGCACACCGAGGUCACGGUCAGCGCCUCUGACGCGGGCUCUCCUCCCCUCCGAGCCAACGUCACCGUCCGCCUCGUGGUGCUGGACGAGAAUGACAAUGCCCCGCUCGUGCUCUACCCAGCCCAGGACAGCAGCCCAGCGUCCAGCGAGCUCGUGCCCGUGGCGGCCCAGGCGGGCUACCUCAUCACCAAAGUGGUGGCCGUCGAUGCCGACUCCGCCCAGAACUCGUGGCUCUCGUACCACCUGCUCAGGGCCACCGAGCCCGGCCUCUUCAGCGUGGCUGUGCAGAGCGGCGAGGUGCGUCUCAAGAGGCCGGUGACAGAGAGAGACAGCGUCAAGCACAAGCUCCUUGUGCUGGUCACAGACAACGGCAAGCCCCCACUGUCAGCCACCGCAGCUCUCAGCGCGCUCCUGCUCAAGGACUUCUCGGACGUGCGCCUCCCGCACAGCAGCCCGCCCGCAGACGAGCACGGCGACUCCCUGACCACCUCUUUAAUCAUCUCCUUGGUCUUUGUCUCGCUCCUCUUCCUCGUCUCCAGCGCCGUCUUUGUCGCUCGCAAGGUGUGCAAGAGCAAGGAGCUGAAGGCUGCCCAUGUGCUUUACGGUGCCGACAACUUGCAGAGCGGCCUGGCCGAUGCAGCCGCUGCAGGGACCCUGCCCCGCGCCUAUUGCUACGAGAUCAGCCUCACCACGGGCUCGGCCAACAGCGAGUUCCAGUUCCUCAAGCCCAUCCUGCCCAGCCUGCCAGCACAGCCCUGCGCCACGGGCCAGGGCCCCGAGCAACAGGAACAGCAUUUCCCCUGUGUCCCUGUCAGCACAGAGGACACGGCACCUGGCCAUGCUGGGACUCUCUCUGAGAGCCAGUUUAAUGCUCUUUCCUUAAACUAGCACAGGGUCUGCACAGAGACAGGCUCCAUGGCUCAUCGAAGUAGAUGAUCCAGGCUGCAGGCUGUGAUAAUGUUUCGUUCAGGGAAAAACUGUGUUCUCCAUUGGCUUAGCAAAUUUCCUGAUAAUUUCACGUCAGUAAAUUUUUUCUUCUAUUCCAGAAACACUGAGAAUGAAGAAAAGGUAUUCAGAUUCUCUCCCUCAGAAGAUUGUCUAUUUUACUUAUGCCACUGCCGUUUCAGGUGGCUUUAAUAAAGCACUCCCACCGUUGAUCUUGUCUCUCUUGCUGUCAGACCAGAAUUUGGACUUCUCAAUCUUUGUUAUACUUCAAUGGUACAGUUAGGUAGACAAUCCUGACAAUAACUGAAUAACACAGAGCCCUUGUCCCACCUUAGGAAAGGAAAAUAAUUCUCAAUACUGGGUCAUGAUGUUCUGUAAGCACACUCUCUUUCUGCUGGUCUCGAUGUCUCUAUCUGAGAUAGGGGAGCUCUGAGCGUUUUCCCUUUCUCAGUACAUCUGUCUGAAUGGCCCUUGUGUAUCUGCAGAUAUUACACUUUUUGUGCCCAGUGAAACAGAGAAUUUUUCCCAGCCACUGCAAUGCUGGCAAUUCAAGCUCUGCAGAAUCAAAUGCUAUUUAUACCCUAUGAGUUCAGCGGUUUCACCUUCUUCCAGGAAGACAGAGAAAGGAAAUGCACAAUAAAAUCUUCUUUUGGCUUGUAUGUGGGUCUUGCCUUCUGUCCCCAUCAGACUGUCUGGGAAAUACAUUAGCAGAUUCUAUGUUAGGUUGGACUAUGAUUGUAGACAGUCAUGAAAACGAAUUCAUUGUCUUCGUGUGCAAGAAAAUGUUUCACAUCCAUCAAACAUAAUUUUCUAGAAUUAGAAUCAAUCUGAACUUUAAAACAGGGCUUGGACUUCUGUUUCCUCAAUGAAGUUUCUGAAUUAGGUGACGUUUUGUUGUGACUAAAAAGCUAUCCCUAGAAGAUGAUCUCCAUUUCUGUUAGAGCAUAUGCAGCCCCAUUUUUACACUUUUUCCUUCUACCCUCUCAACUGCACUAUGCAUUACAUUGCCCGUUCCUCUAGAAAAUACUCUCACUCCAACUAUAGUAAAUGGUUGCUUGAAUGAUGUCUGUGAUGCAUGAAAUACGCGGAAACGCUCCAUCACGCUUUUUUAUGCGGACGUUAUACACUUACACGUUGUAACUCGUAUAAGUCUGGGUUUGGAAAUUGAAAAUUAUGUAGAACUGAAAUAAAGACAAUACCUCGAUUCCUUCUGCAGAGAUCGAA